GGGAAGGAGCCGUUGAGGAGGUGCACGCACGAGUCUCGGCACUCAGUCCGUGUGUGUGUGUAUGAGUGUGUGUGAGUGUGUGGCUGUGAUAUAACCGCUGUCGCGCAGUGUGUGGACGGGUCGAGGCUUCAGGACGGUGUUUUGGAGCUGCUGGACAUGUGCUGCAGUUCUCCUUAAGGACUAUCCUCACACUGGAAAUGCUGUCCUUCAGGCUAAACCAGGUGAAGCAAGAAGGAAGGUAUAUGGACCCCUGGGAAUGAAGGACCAUACUGGAUCUACCUACACUGGUUCUGCCAUUCAAUCUGCUUCUGAGGUAAUAGCAAGGAGGGACCAAUUGGACAGCCGACAGGAUCCUGCCCCAGUCAACCAUCUUGCAAGAGCUUGGGGACCUGAUCACUUACGAGACCUUCUCCAUUAAAGCAGUGGAUAUCAGACAUGGUGACAUAGCAGCACUGUUGAAUAUGGAGGAGAUACUAAAGGCUCUCGUUUCUCCUUUGAUCACAAUGGUUUUAUACACAGACCGAAACUACAAGCGUAAAUUGUGGGAGUGAAUGUAAUUUAACUGAGCUUAGACUUUUGUUUUCCUUGAAAUCUUUUGCCCCCUUUUCUGCUCCCUUGUUUGUUUACUUGUUUUCGUUUGGGCGAAUUGGUGGGGGUCAACCCCACGAUGCUGGGUGCGUUUCAUGUACGCCGUCUCCUUCGUCAGCUCACUCUCCAGACCAGCCUCCUCCUACUCUUCCUUCUGUGCAUGCUCAGCGUCUUUGUCUCCGCCUACUUCCUCUAUACUGUCAAGCGGGAACUGGAGCCUUCUACUGGAGGCGGGGCAGAAAACUGUGACGACGAUGUUACCCCAUCCAGGCUCCUCCCAUUCCGGGAGAAAGUGGGUGGAGCUCCGGCAGCAGACGGAACCCGAACGGAACCAGUGGUUCUGGUGUUCGUGGAGAGCCAGUACUCUCAGCUCGGACAAGAGAUUGUGGCGGUUCUGGAGUCGGCCCGGUUCCGGUACCAGACGGAGAUAUCACCCGGUAAGGGGGAUAUGCCAACAUUAACGGAUCGGGACCGAGGCCGCUUCGUUCUGAUCGUCUAUGAGAACAUCCUGAAGUAUGUCAACAUGGACGCUUGGAACCGGGAGCUGCUGGAUAAGUACUGCGUGGAGUACGGAGUGGGAAUCAUCGGGUUCUUUAAGGCAAAUGAGAACAGUCUGCUGAGUGCCCAGCUGAAAGGCUUCCCGCUGUUCCUGCACUCAAACCUGGGUCUGAAGGACUGUACGGUCAACCCCAAAUCACCUCUACUACACAUCACCCGUGCACAGGAGGUAGUCCGAGGCCCUCUCCCUGGCGAUGACUGGACAGUCUUCCAGUCUAACCACUCAACAUACGAGCCUGUGCUACUGGCCAAGACCCAGUCAGCUGACAGCGUGGGGCUGCGUGCUGUUCUCCACACGUCCGUGGUGCAGGACCUGGGUCUUCACGACGGCAUUCAGCGUGUCCUGUUCGGCCAUAACCUGGCCUUCUGGCUCCACAAGUUGGUAUUUGUGGAUGCUGUGGCCUUCCUUACGGCUAAGAGGCUGUCUCUGUCUCUGGACAGAUACGUGCUUGUGGACAUUGAUGACAUCUUUGUGGGAAAAGAGGGCACCAGAAUGAAGGUGUCUGAUGUGAAGGCAUUGUUGGAGACUCAGAACGAGCUGCGGAAGUCGAUCCCAAACUUCACCUUUAACCUCGGCUUCUCAGGGAAGUUCUACCACGCAGGUACUGAUGAGGAGGAUCUGGGUGAUGACCUCUUGUUGUCCUAUGUUAAUGAGUUCUGGUGGUUUCCGCACAUGUGGAGUCACAUGCAGCCUCACCGCUUUCAUAACCAGAGUGUGUUAGCAGAGCAGAUGCUCCUCAACAGACGCUUUGCUGAGGAACACUCCAUCCCGACUAACCUGGGCUAUGCAGUGGCCCCUCACCACUCGGGGGUCUAUCCAGUUCAUGUGCAGCUGUAUGAUGCAUGGAAGAAAGUGUGGGGAAUCAGAGUGACCAGCACAGAGGAGUACCCUCAUCUCAAACCCGCCCGCUACCGCCGGGGCUUCAUCCACAGCGGCAUUAGCGUGCUGCCCAGGCAGACUUGUGGUCUGUUCACUCACACUAUCUUCUAUAAGGAAUACCCUGGAGGCCCUCAGGAGCUGGACAAGCUGAUCGAUGGAGGAGAGCUCUUCCUCACUGUGCUGCUCAACCCAAUCAGUAUCUUUAUGACCCAUCUGUCUAAUUAUGGAAAUGACCGCUUGGGUCUGUACACAUUCAAGAAGCUGCUGCAUUUCGUGCAGACGUGGACUCGUCUGAGACUGCAGACCCUGCCCCCGCUGCAGCUCGCUCACAAAUACUUCAGCCUCUUCCCCUCAGACAGAGAGCCACUGUGGCAGAACCCCUGUGAGGAUAAGCGGCACAAGGAUAUCUGGUCUAAAGAGAAAACAUGUGAUCGCUUCCCCAGGCUUCUUGUGAUUGGACCACAGAAAACAGGGACGACAGCUCUGUAUCUAUUCUUGGGCAUGCACCCUGACCUCAUCAGCAACUACCCCAGCAAAGAGACAUUCGAGGAGAUUCAGUUUUUCAGCGGGCACAACUACCACCGGGGAAUAGACUGGUAUAUGGAAUAUUUCCCUCUCCCCUCCAACACCAGCUCAGAUUACUACUUUGAGAAGAGCGCGAACUACUUUGACUCUGAGGUGGUAGCAGCCAGAGCAGCAGCUCUGCUCCCUAAAGCUAAAAUCAUUACUGUUCUCAUCAGCCCUGCAGAGAGAGCUUACGCCUGGUAUCAGCACCAGAGAUCUCAUGAUGAUCCAGUGGCCCUGAAGUACUCUUUUCAUGAAGUCAUCACCGCAUCCCAUGAUGCUCCUGUGAAGCUGCGUAUCCUGCAGAGCCGCUGUUUGGUGCCAGGGUGGUAUGCGGUCCACUUGGAACGAUGGCUCACACACUACCACUCCAGUCAGAUCAUGGUUAUGGAUGGACAGAUGCUGAAAACUGAACCAGCGUCAGUGAUGGACAGAGUGCAGAAGUUUCUGGGACUGGUGAACACUGUCAACUACCACAAGAUCCUGGCGUUUGACCCGAAAAAAGGUUUCUGGUGUCAGCUGCUGGAGGGAGGAAAGACGAAGUGUUUGGGGAAGAGUAAAGGAAAGCGAUACUCUGAUAUGGACUCGCAGUCUCAGGUCUUUCUGAGGGAGUACUACAGGGAUCAUAACAUUGAGCUGUCGAAGCUGCUGUACAGGAUGGGACAGCCACUGCCCAGCUGGCUUAAAGAUGAGCUGCUCAAUAGCAGGUAGCAUUGAGCCUCAUACCUCCCCCUGCCUGACACUGGUACCGUCUUCAGCACCACUCGACUCUUUGCAGUGUAGUGAACUAUUAAAAUAAGUGGGGGUGAGGAACAUGGACUCUGUGGAAAUUAAACAGUUGAACGAUCAGCCUCCCCAAUGGGGUGGAAUGGUACGAGCCACACUGUUCUUUUGGGCUUUGCUGUGGCGAUUAGUGUGGACAACUCUGAUUCCGUCUUCAUCUGAGGAAGCAAAGACUCUGUGGAUUCCUUGUGUACAUUAAAUCAUGGUUAAAAAAAGGAAUGCCCAGGAAAACUUGCAAUGAACUUAUGCGGUACACUUAAGAAAGUACACCAAUCGUGACUGAGUGGAUCUGGAACUGAUGUCAUCAGGGUUUAACAUGAAGAUGUGAGACCGCAGGAGUAAACGUGUAUAUUUUAAAAGUGCCAGUUAUGGAAGGACGCACUGAGGUUUUGUAUAAUGUAACUGUGCUCUUGUGCUCUUGACCAUACAAACCAGUUACAAAGCCUUUACUCAGCAUGAUAAUGAGGCGGUGAAGCUGCCCUCAACACUAAAAUUGAAUGUAUCAUAAUGUAAUACAAGGCCUGCCAGUUAUUGAUUUUUAUAAAUAUUUAUGAGCUAGUGUUUCCUCCUACAGAAUUCCUUCCACCCUGCCUGCAGUGGAAUAACCUGAUUCACCCCAUACGGGUUCCUCAUUAGUUUUAAUAUAGCACUAACAGAACAGGAUCUUUUUUUUAUGGUGGGAAUACACUGCUCAGCUCGGAUUGUAUGAAUUGACCUGGGGGGUUAAAGCAUAAAGCAUAUAGAGUAAUAUGUUCAGUAAAAUGUUCAGCACGAUGCACCUGAAAAUGCAGCCAAUUAGAGGUGAAAAUUUCUGAUCUCAACAAUUUUUUUUUUUUAAUUUAUCAUGAAAUCUCUGACCUACUAAAUUUCUCCACACAUAUACACACAUAUUAUUAAACAAUACACUAAACUGAAUAAAUUCAGCAGCCUGAAAUAUUUAUUUUGUCCUUAAAUCACACCUGUUUAUUGAAUAGUAUAAAUAUCUAAUUAGUACAAAUGCUAACUGGAUCCAUACAAAUGCACAAAUGCCACUGAACUAAUGUCUUACACUGUAGAGUAUUGCAGACAGUAAAGCAAUUUACCAACCUUUUAAACAAUUUAUAGGUCAAUUAAGUCAAAAGGCUGAAAGUUUAAAUUUUGCCCCACAAAGUUCACCCAUUUAUUGAAAGAUUAAUAUCCAAUUAGCAAAAAUGCUAACUGGAGCCAAACACACAAUAAAGCACAAAUGUGACUGGAAGAACUGUUUUCAUUGUAGAGGAUUAUACCAAUAAAACAGCCUAGGUACUAGCCUUAUCCUUUGUCGAUGCAGACAUACAGUAAUUAAUCAGAUAUUAGAUAUUUUAAUCACAAUCCAGUUCUUUAUUUUUCUUUAUUUUAACAACAGUGUUUAGGGCACAAUCUGACAGCCUCAAAACACCAUUAAUGCACAUUAAUAAACUGGCCAACCAGCUGCACUGAGGAGAGUUAUCAGAAGGUAAAUAAAGAGUGUAGAUGGAGUCUGCAGUGUGAGACUAUUUUACAUAUUUGAAACAAUAAAAAAAACAAACCUAAUUGGGAUAUCCCUAGUAUAUGAGGAAAAAUUUAAGUCAACAGCCUGAAAAUUUAGUUUUUCCCCCAAAAUUCUCCCGUGAAUAAUAUUAGUUGCUUGUAAUCCAAGAUCAAUGCAGUUACAUCAGCAACUUCAAACUGAUGUAAUCAGGAUACAUUGUUGUUGUUUUUUUUGCACAGAAAACAUAAAUACUAGUGAUUCUAUUUUUUACUUAGCCGUCCCUCGAGUCCUCCAGCAACGCUGCAAGACUCUAGAUAUGGUCAGUAUUUCAGGAUUGCAGUUCAGCUGAAUGUUUGUAAGAUAGAUAAAACAUGACCCAGAAUUGUGCUUUGUAUUCCCUCCUGUAGAAACCCAUAAUUAUUUUACUUGUGCACAGUAAUGAGCAAAACUACAAUAACAGGUUUCUACUUCAACAAAUGGAGAAUUGUGCUAGUUGGGAGAUUUGGUACAUGUUUACUUUUACAGACCUUUUUUAUUUUUGUUUUACAGUGAAAUAAAAACAUAUUAAGUGCCAUAACUACAUACAAUAUCAGAUUUGAAGAGAAUUUUAUAAUUUUCUUUUAGGUACUUUUGGUUGCGUUUAAUUUUUUCGUAUUUUCAUUGAUUGUAAUUGUUUCAUCAAAAAAAAAAGCAGAAGCCUGCAUCAGCUCUGUCCUGUGUUCAUAAUACAAUGUUUUGGGGGAGCAACAUCCAGUAUUGUCUCUCUGCCAGAUAAGCUUAAGUGUGUACGAGUGUGUAGCAAAUCAGGAAAUCAUCAGACAGCAGCAGUAUCUUAAGUUUAAUUACAAAUUAGCAUUGUGGAACGAAAACAUUUCAGUUUUAAUAAAUAAUGAUGUAGAAGGGUUUUAUUAAUAUAAUCUAAAAAACGUUAAUGUGCGCGCUACUGUGUGAAAAUCUGGAAUCAAUGUUUCCAUACCUCAUCUGCUUUCAGUUUAAGGUGUAAAAUGAUAUCUGAUAACAUAUACACUGACAUGCCAAAUGUCAUGGGACAGGAACUAAUAUCAUGGAAGUAAAAGAACACUGCACUGACCUUUAUCUGUAUAUUUAUCUGUUUUAUCUCAAGCCAGACACCCCCAGGUACAAUCAUUACCACCCACUGUACUGUACACUGUGGGUAGUAAUAAUGCCUUUUAUGAUGUAUUCCCAAUCAGACAUCACACAAAUUCGGAUAAGAUAAUUCACAUAGCUUUGCUAUGAGCACACUAGCAAGUAGUGUUCAGCCUCACUCACAAGAUAGCACCUUACAAUUUACACAGGUGUGGAUAUUCCCAAGCCAUCCUCUGAGGUAAUACUGUAUGAUGGAUUAACAUGCUUCUAUCCCAGGACGUUUGACCUACCAGUGCAUGCCCAUAAAACAUUGGAGACAAAAGUUAAACACAUUAUUAGUUUAGCAAAUGAUUCCAAACUUUUCAGCAGAAGCACAAAAAAACUGUGUCUGAGGAAAUUAAGAAUCCAGUGACCUUUAUGGGCAAAUUUUGUGAACAUCCCAUAUAUACCAGUAGAAUGAGAUACUCUUCAGCAGCCAGCUUUUGGGGGAAGAAAGCUAAAAUGAUGGCAACUGUCUGAUGCAGUGGCUUCUGGAGUCAAACAUAUCUCUCUCUCUCUCUCUCUCUCUCUCUCUCUCCCUCUCUCUCUCUCUCUCUCUCUCUCUUUCUGAGCCUCAGAUAUAAAUAUGUUUCACUGUAAAUGUUUAAGUAGCUCUUUGUUUUGGGUGAUCUCUUCUCGCAAUCCUCCUCUUCUCUCUGGAGUGGAGGAAUUAAGAGUGUCCUCAUUUUACUCGGGAGUUUCCAAAACCAAUCCCGCUUUAAUUGGAUACUAAACUUGGCAUAUUAGAAAAUUGUAAUCUUUAUAAUGUUCAUUUCUAGUUUGUGGCUGCAUGAGUGCUGGAUUCUUACAGGGAAAGAUGUUUGUUGUUUUUGUGGGUACAUUUCUUUUUACCUCCCAGUUUGUAUUGCUUGUUUUUUUUUCUUCUAAAUGUCAAUUGCAUACGGAUUUACACACAAAACAAGCUUCCACAGUCUUUUUUUAUGGCUCAGAUCAGAUUUGCCCCACAUCCUUAUGGUCCACACUCAUAAAUGUCAGUAACCUGUAUGUGGCUGUAAUGUGAACAGAUCUUUUAAUGAAAUGGCAUGCAUACGCACAUUAAUGCAUUAAUGCACAUCACAACCCAUGUGCAAGCAAAUUGGGCUCAGACUCUUGCAGGGAGUCUGUUGUGCAGGCAAAAAUCAAAUGAAAUCAGAUCCAAUCCAUUUACAUUUAUGUUGCCUGUUCACAAACUGGAUAUGUAUCCGAUCUAUGACCAUAUUUUAUAGUUACUCAAGUCACAUUUUAAAAAAGGUCAGAUUUAAUUUAUUUAACAUAUCCUCACAGCCCUGAAAAAUCAGAUCUGAGUUACAAUAAGGCAAAAAAAAAUCAUAAUUCACUUUAGUGAGGUAAUGUGAACACAGCUUAAGACCAUGGUGAACAUUAAUGGGAAUGUAGAAGGAGAUUUCACCCUUUGACCAUGUUCUUUGUGUUGUUAUGCUUUGGGAAUCCAUCCCAAGGCCACUAAUGUGCAUUUUUCAGACAGAUACGAUACAUUUUAAUGACCCAUCACCAGUGGUCAGGAAAGCAGGAAAGCACAGGUUUUUACAGUGUAAACAUGGAUUCUGUUAUUUGAUGAUUUACGAUGAUUAUUGGUGAAAUUCAGAAGGAGGUACUUGUUGUUUGCAGACAUGAGAUGAUGAGAUGAUAACCACUACUCCAGUGACUGGAUUGCAGGCUCAGAUGAUCUAAUGUAAAUGUUAUUUUGUUUUUGUUGGUUUAUAUUUUGAUUUGUAUUUAUUUUAAUUCUACUUAAUUUCCUCUGCCAGUCUGAUAUAGUUUUGUAAUAAUACUUUAAAGUGCAUCUAAACUCUAAAAUUCCCAGGCUCUGUGGUCUGGGUUGUUGUGCCACUACAGCUGCAGUUUUAACAGUGUAAUAAAAACAGACUGCAAUAAUAAAUCCA